AUGAUCAUGCUAUUUUAAUCAGAUUCUUGAUAUACCACACCUGUCAGGUGGAUGGAUUAUCUUGGCAAAGGAGAAAUGCUCACUAAACAGGGAUGUAUAAACACAUUUUGUGCAUAACAUUUGAGAGGAGAAAGUUUUUUGUUGUUGUACAAAUGAAACAUUUCGGUGCAUGUCGCGUUUAGAUUGUUGUUCAUUGUGUGUGUGUUCUUGCUCAGGGUGGCCAUGUUUUAACUCCUUUACCUGCCGCUACACCUCUGAAACCUGGAUCAGCUACGUUUCCUUUCUUUGGCGUGGAGCCCACCAUACUGAACGAGCAUGGAGAGGAACUGGAGGGAGAGGCAGAGGGCUAUCUGGUGUUCCGUCGGCCCUGGCCUGGUAUCAUGCGUACCGUGUACGGAAACCAGGAGCGGUUUGAGAGCACGUACUUCAAGAAGUUCCCCGGUUUCUAUGUGACCGGGGAUGGUUGCAGGAGGGAUAAAGAUGGAUACUACUGGAUCGCAGGCAGGAUAGAUGACAUGAUCAACGUAUCAGGUCACCUGUUGAGUACAGCGGAGGUAGAGGCAUCUCUAACAGACCACGGAGCGGUGGCCGAGGCUGCAGUGGUCAGCAGACCCCACACGGUCAAGGGGGAGUGUCUCUACUGUUUCGUUACUCUGAAGGACUGCAGAGAGUUCAACCGCACUCUGGUGGAUGAACUCAAGAGACAAGUGAGGGAGAAGAUUGGUCCGAUCGCAACCCCAGACUUCAUCCAGAAUGCUCCUGGACUUCCUAAAACACGAUCUGGUAAGAUCAUGAGGCGGGUCCUGAGGCAGAUCGCCCGGAACGAGAAGGAUCUAGGUGACCUUUCAACUAUGGCUGACCCCAAGGUCGUAGAGGUCCUGUUCAACCACCGCUGUGAAACGGCCUCUUGAGGGGGGCUGCAUGUCAACACUCUACAGUAGCUUCCUCUCCUUGACAACUCAUCUCCUCUCCUCGUCUCCUCAUUUCCUCUCCAUCAUCCACACCGAUCUGAAAACUAUGGAAGCCCAUUCCUGCCACCAACUCUUAAAAAUAAAAAAUUGAUGUUUAAAAAAAAUAAUAGAA